AUGCCUAAGCUGGAUGAAGAACCUCACUUUAACUUCCGAGGCCUGGUGCCAUCGCCAACACCCCCGAUCCCUGAACCUCUGAGCCCAUCGUCCUGGUGUGCUCCAAUAGAAGAUGAGGUGUUCCCUGAUGUGAUUAUGGACUUGCCUGAACCUGAGGCUACGAACGUGACGGUGCCUGAGUCUGAGGACUUCAUGAGGGAGUUUAACCGGCUGCUGGAGGAAGAGUGCCCGGAUUUAACUCUGCCGGAGCCUGUAGCUUACGGAUCGAAGCGGCUCCCUGAGGACUCUGAAUAG